AUGCACCGCGUCAAAAAACACUCGCACAUCAUUCUCUCUUUGUCAUACAACGCGCAGACACCGCCUUUUUUCUCGCAGGCAGACCAAGAGCCGCUCAAUGCUCUGCUGCUGCCGCUUUUUGGACACUUUCUCUCCGACUUGGCAGUUCGCGCGUCUUUGCCCCGUGUCUACAAAACUCUUGUGAGAGACGAGCCGAGAAAGAAAGCAAAUAAUUUUUACACGUACGCGAAGUGCAAGCUGAGCCCAAACGAGGAGAUCAUGGACAACAGCCCUGGUGGUGGUGGAGUUAUCCUCUAUGCUGGAUCUUCAGGCAGCGCCAGCCCCAGCCCUGGGAGCCCUUCCAGUGGGUACCAGACCCAGUCGCCCUCAUGCCACUCCCAGCCCUCGUCUCCGGAGGGGGGCACGUGCUUCCAGGAGAUUGGAGCCCUGAAGCAGCAGUCUCAUCGAGGGGACAGCCGUGUAGAGCAGGGAAGAGCAUCCCCACCCAAGAUGGUCUUUCAGUUCCCAGAGGUCUCCAGCGCUGGCCAAGUCUCCAACGCUCAGUCCUCCUACAGCCACCCACCUGCAGCCAAGAGACAGUGCACCUUCAGCGGCACAUUCACCAAGACUGGAGGGAUGGUGCUGCUGUGCAAAGUCUGUGGAGACAUUGCAUCUGGGUUCCACUACGGAGUCCACGCAUGUGAAGGCUGCAAGGGGUUCUUCCGACGCAGUAUCCAGCAAAACAUCCAUUACAAGAUGUGCGUGAAGAACGAGAACUGUCUGAUCAUGAGGAUGAACCGCAACCGAUGCCAACACUGCCGCUUCAAGAAGUGCCUGAGUGUGGGCAUGUCCCGUGACGCUGUGCGAUUCGGCCGCAUUCCGAAGCGCGAGAAGCAACGCCUCUUGGACGAGAUGCAGAGCUACAUGAACAGUCUGAACGAGGCGUCGUCCGUGGAGAUGGAACUAUCCCUCGCUGCAGCCGAGACCCCGUGCAGCCCUUCCACCCAACAACCCCAGCCCAGCGAACCCAUUCCACAGUCCUACCGCAUCCUACCUCCCGCACAGGACGAAAAACCCGUCAUCAAGAACCAACACAGCACUUUCCACACAAACCCGGAGUCCAACCAGUCCAUGGCGACGGCUCAAACACAAGAGCAGCUGUCAAAUUACCAGCAAAUAUGCCCCAAGAUUGAGAACACGUCGAAUUUGGAUAUCAGUAAUGGCAACUACGGCUAUUCCAGUCAGUGUCCAGUGAGUGGCAACAUCGUGCAACAUCCCUAUCCCACCAAUCACAACAGCUACGAGACGCAAGGCCAGACGACGUGUCCAUGGAAGCUCCAGUCAGGCGCUAAAGUGCUGGCGUGUCCUUUGAACUCGUGUCCCGUGGCCCCGUCCGGUCGUUCGAGUCAGGAGGUCUGGGAGUCCUUCUCUCAGUGCUUCACUCCGGCGGUGAAGGAGGUUGUGGAGUUCGCCAAGAGCAUCCCAGGCUUCCAGGCGCUCAGCCAGCACGACCAAGUGAUGCUGCUCAAGUCCGGCACGUUCCAGGUGUUGAUGGUUCGGUUCUGCUCCCUGUUCGACCCCAAAGAACGCACGGUGACGUUCUUGAACGGACAGACUUACGCACUGGCGUCGCUGCGAGCGCUGGGCAUGGGCGUGCUGCUGGACGCCAUGUUUGACUUCAGUGAGAAGCUGGGAUCCUUGGGUCUGGAGCCCGACGAGAUGGCCCUCUUCAUGGCCGUGGUCCUGGUGUCUGCAGACCGUUCUGGCAUCGUUGACACCGGAGCCGUGGAGCAGCUUCAGGAAAACCUGAUCAAAGCCUUGCGCUCUCUUAUCACACGCAGACGUCCAGAUGAUUCCACGCUUUUCUCCAAACUAUUGCUGCGCCUCCCGGACCUGCGCACCCUCAACAACCAGCACUCCGACAAACUCCUGGCCUUCCGCAUCGACCCCUGA